GACGACAUUGUAAGACAGAGAUCAAGAGAUUAUUGAGAGGAAACUGUUUGUUUGGGUUGAAAGGAAAUUUGCAGAGAAUAGGAGUCGGUAAAAUUUAAGAACUCUUUGUUCUUCUGAUCAAUGGCCGUGACAGCAGCUUCUCCAGCUGCUUAUCUUAGAAGCGUAGACAAGCAGAGUUUCUUCGUUCCCAAACAUCGAUUUUCUCGCCUAUUUUCCUCUAAAGGCGCCCCAAGAUUUCUCGCCAUGGCACCCAAAAAGAAGGUGAACAAGUACGAUGAGAGCUGGAAAAAGCAAUGGUACGGCGCCGGAAUUUUCUUCGAAGGAACCGAAGAAGUGAAUUUCGACGUCUUCAAAACGAUCGAAGAACGCAAAGUUCUUAGCAAUGUUGAAAAAGCAGGGCUUCUAUCGAAGGCAGAGGAGCUGGGCUUCACUCUCUCUUCUAUAGAGAAGUUGGGUGUGUUUUCGAAGGCGGAAGAGUUGGGGCUGCUGAGCUUGUUUGAGAAGACGGCGAGUGUUUCUCCCUCGGUGUUGGCAUCGGCGGCGCUGCCGAUAUUAGUGGCGGCGAUACUGGCGGUGGUAGUGAUUCCGGGUGACUCCGCCGGGCUUGUGGCGGUGAAGGUGGUGGUGGCCGGAGCACUUGGGGUUGGCGCGGUUGGGUUGUUCGUUGGUUCAGUGGUUUUGGGUGGGAUACAAGAGGCUGAGUGAGUGAAUGCUGUACUGUACUCCUCUCACUCUCUCCCCCUCUAUCUCUGUCCGUAUCCCUCUAUAUGUUUGUUUUGAUAGCUUGAGAAUGUAAAUUAAAUGCAGGAAAACUUGUAAUGAGUCAUGAAUUUUUUUACCCAAUUUUCAGAUUGAUUGUUUGUGUUAUUGAUGCAUAGAGGUGCCAAAGAGAUUACACUUCAAAUUGUCAUCUCAAACUAAUGAUUUAAGUAAAGGAUUGAAGGUUUGAAAUUUUAAAAUUGAUAUUGAAAUUUGAUAGUUGAUCGUUG